AUGAGUCGUAAAUUGCAUACUUUGACUACUCAGGACCUGGAAAAUAUACCGGGAGAAUGUGAAGAUAGCGAAGAUGGCCUUGACUUUUCUGACGACGACGAUGUCGCCGAUCCGACGUAUAAUUUCGAGCCGAAUGAGCAUGCAAGUUCUGAUGAGGACCCAGAGGUACCACCUGACUUGGAAAAUGAAGUUCAAUCUACCAGCACCCUAGUAACAACAUCCACCAAUACUCAGAUCAUUAGUACUGCAAUGGAUCCAAGUUUGGCCUCCGCUUCUACUAGUGCUAGUUCUGCAGCAGCUCCAAGGAUAUCUAAUUGUGUGCCUAGGACUAAUAUCACGUGGAAAACAAAAACCAUGAACACAAAUGAAGACCAACUACGUUUUCUUGGAUCUGAGAAGUUACCCCCAGAAAUACUUUGCUUAGAUACUCCAUUUGAGGUAUUUUCGUAUCUGUUUACUGAAGAAAUUAUCAAUUUUAUAAGAGACCAGACUAAUUUAUACUGUACAGAACGAUGCUAA